UUUCUGUCAAGACAAAGAAUGAUUUGCUGCAAAUUAAGCGCCGAGAUAGAAGUCGGCGUUUUCCCCAUGUUGCGUGUAGCCAGUCAACGCAAGUCGCCAGCACGAAAGGCUGCCGGUAUGGUAUCUUAGUUCAUGAUCUUGCUGCACGACAGGCAUGAUCCGUCACACUAGUCCCUUUUGCACUCACACGGUCACACCUCACAUUGUUUUCACUGCGGGCCGAUGAUGGGCCGUGGGCAUUGGAGGAAGAAAUGUACGCACCCGCCUGCAAAAUGCCAUCUCCUCUGGGGCAUGGAGAGGCGAUCGGGGUUGGCCUGAUUUAGGCUGAGGUGUGGAAUGUUUGUGAUAGACCAACUAAAUACAUCUUUUUGGCUGCUAGCAUCUUGUUGAAUUCCACAUAGCCCUCUUCCGGCGCGUGAGACGUCUUGUAAAACAAAUGAACAGGGAGGUUCAGUAUCCAAGACGAUGAAAUACCGCGCGGCAAAAACCCUAUCAUCUCACCAGGCCCAACUAAUGCAGAGUUGUUGCUCUUGGACUAAUUUGCCUUGCUACUUGAUUUUCAUGAAGAGAUGAGGAGAUACCCCAGCUGCAGCCUCGCCUGAGGGUGUGCGAGUCUUCCACAGCUGAUUUACUGUAUUGCCAGUUGUAGAACAAGGCGGCGGAUCUGGUGAUGCGUGUGUUCCCUCGACUCCUAGUCCACUACUACCAUUUCUUCUACCUAUGCAACAUCAAGCGACGGAGGUAUAGCGUAUGUGUUUGGAUCUCUGCUGCCAGGAUGUGAGUGGAUCCAAACAAUGAACUCUCGAUCCAAAUUGCUCUGUUGGGUCGAGGGCAGGGGCUAUAUAUAUGGAUAGAUUGAGAGUUAACUACAGCCUCAGCGCAGCCUGAGCCGGUUGGGACUACGGAGCCGCAUGGCAUGGCAAGACAUGAUUUUUACAGUGUAACUUUUUAUAUAUUUCUACGCAGGUACAGGUACGGUACAGACUGUACAUGUACAUGUACAGUACAUACAUUCUCUGAGGGAAUGUCUAAACUACCUAGGUACUGUACAUUACAUACAUACAUGGCCGUGCUUGCCUGGCGCUGUUGCGUGGACAAGAAACAUGGAUGAUGCCUGCCGCAAGAGUUUUCGAGAUGUAUUGAACAGCAGAAAAACUUCUGCUUGUUGAUUUCUUUGCCCACGCCCGAUCCAUCCAUGGAUGCUGCAUCCCAAGUGUGAUGAAGCAAUUCCCCCUAGUCUGCUACCCAAGCAGAGGAGGAGAGCAAGAUACGUUCGCUAUUUGAUAAUCCGUAUACUCCUUAUUUACCCAUCAACACUCUUUUGAUUGAUAUAUUUUUUCUUUUGCAAGUGCCCCAUUGACCUCCUUCGCAUCAUGGGGAAUAAAGUCUCAGCAGUCACUGGUGUCCGCUCCCCCAAUUUCUUCGAACCAGGGAACGCGGUAAACGAGGUCUGGGUUGGGGAUUUGGAGGUGGUAUCGCGGCUCCCUUUUGGCGAUUCAGAUAUGGCACAAGCUGGUUGGCCCAAAAACGACUACCCAAAAAUUCCAUGGCGUCCUUUUAUUAUCCCCCUCCGUGCUACAGUCUCUGCCGCGGUGAAAUCGAGAUCGUUAUUCUCGAUUGCCGAUCCCGCCUCGGACUGGAGUGCGUCCUUGCGCGACUCUGCGGCCACCAAACUGGUCCUGAUAUGUUGGGUUACGAUGCAAAUUCUUGCCAUUCCUGUCCUUAUGGUACCGAUUGCUCUCCAUCUUGUGCCGCGGAAUCACUUCACAGCCUAUGGUGACGAUGAAAAUGAAGUGCAAGAUCCGUCUAUUCCGUCCAAUGAUGACGCCGGAUCGCCAGACAACUCUCCACGAAGAAAGCAAGAUGCAGCAUUUGCCCGUGCUUUGUUGGGUUCUGUAUUCCAUGUAACAGGCGUACUUCUGGUUUACGGAGUUCACGAUGGCCCUGUUUUGAGUUCUAUAUUGCCCCCGAAACCCUCGCUUGAAAGCACGGAUUCUGGUAUUUCUAGUCCCCAAGAUUUUGCCAGACUAGACGCGGCCACCGUAUAUGCAGCAAUGUCAAUGGCUUUGUGUUUAAAUUCCGCUUACUCUGUCAUACGCCUAUGGUGGGGUUGUUAUAAGUUCCGACGGGAUCAUGAGAACGAAGUGAGAGAGCAUAAUGAGAAGGACGCUGCAAUGAUUUCCGCACCGCCGCCAUAUGCUGAUGGGGAUGACGAUGAUGAGGAUGUGGUAAUCGUGCUCGUGUAAAGCAUGUUCAAGAUAUCAAUUAUCAAUUAUCCCCCACCCUAAGUCCACUCGCUCGGCUCUGUCGUUUCUUACGUGCUUGACAUCUGUUUCUCCUUUUCGUACCUUUGGCGUGUGCCUAGCAGAGCAUAAGGCUAUGAUUUUGACGCCUGCUUAUUCCUUAGGCUUGACACCCAUUGGCAGUUCGGAGCAGCAGACUAGAUCCCAUAUUCUCUCACCUACGCGCUAGGGUAUCCCAACCUGCGGUUUUUUGGGACCGAUAAAUAUCGCGGAAUUUGCGUUGCCUUUGCAAUACUCUGUCUUGAAAGGAGUGCCGGGCACAACAGAAAUGAUCAUUAUGACUUUUGCCGCCUUUCCCUGCCUUCUUCGAUCAAAGCACAUAGUUCCUUUACCCUUAACCUCCCAACACACCUUUUGCCAACAUCAAAUGGUCAUCGAAUGGUCAAAUUCAUACAAACACGACCAUCGCUCAUGAGAUUCAUUUCAAAGACACCCUGGAACGCACAUACCACCCCCUGUAAGGCACAGUGUCCUAAAUCAAAUGUACAAUGACCUAAGAAAUUGCUGCUCCAAUUACCUGUUCUAGAGUGCAUAGAAUCCAUGUGAGUUUAGCCGGUCGCAGUAUCAUUCCGGUUCCAUAGAUCUCGCCAGAAUUGUUUAAAUCCAUACCGCUUGGACGGAUUCUCCUCAUGAAGCCGCACGUUUUGCGUCAGAGAUAGACUUUUAAGUAAACCGGACUCAUGGAGCCCUGGUGGAAUACUACGAGUCGAAUUGCGUAACUUCUCUGUUGCUCUCCGUUGCAGUUCGCCUGGUAGAGACGGUGCCACGUCCGCGUAGCAGGAGAGCAAUUCACGCUCGAGUUUCAGGUAGGGUUUCUGAGCAACGGGGGGAGCCAUAAGGUUGUAGGACCUUAUUAGUGCAUUGAGGUUUUUAACUGUCAGGUUAUGGUAUGCCUGUUCGAUUUUUAGGUAGUCGGCAUCUCGCAGUGGUG